ACAUCGCCAUUGCAGUGUCAGCUCCGUUAACCAUCCUGAGCUUUGGAGAACUUCUCAACUCGGCUCAGGCAGACACAGGUUCCCGCCAGCUCUUUAAGCUUUCCUUAGUCCUGACGCUUCUGCACAUCUUACUUAGAUACCAUACUGGCAGCAACGGUCCUGUAAACGGCGAGAGGUGCCUGUGUUGGUGUCCAGCGGCCCCGAUGUCAAAUCUGCGUGCGCUCGCGGCUCUUCUGGUUGCUGUGUUUGCUCUUUUAACCGCAACACCUCAACCAACAUGCGCUCAGGAAGAGUUCCAAGGCGUGGGUAUGGUGAAGCUGAAGAGUGCCUUCCGCUUUGUGCGGCCGCCACCCAACCACCGCCCGCCGCCCUUCCGCAAGCCGCCGCCCGCCGCCUCCCCCUCGCCAGCCUUCACACACGAGGUUGAGUACAACGAGCUUCAGAUCCUGUGUCCUCAGGAGGUUGACUCGUCAACAAACUACACACGCGACGACCCGCAAUGCGCCGUGCCGCGCGGCUCUGUGGCUGUGGGCGAUGAGGCCGAGGCCGUGCGGGCCGAGUUCCGGCUGCUCAGCGGCGACCUGGUGAACGUGACACUGGAGGAGGUGGACGAGUCGGAGCCGGGCAGCCGCCGCCGCAUGCUGUCGCAGCUGCGCGAGGAGCUGGCCACGGGCCGGCGCCUGCUGAACACCGACACCGCACCGCUGCCGGGCAGGAGCUUCCGGCUCAAGAGCCUGCGUCCGGUCAGGCAGACCGAGCAGAAGGAGAUCUACACAGGCACCCCCAUCGACCUCCGCACUGUGGUGUUCAUCAUGGACUUCAGCGACUGCCGCAUGCCUCAGGCGCCGGCCGUCACCAAGGAGCGUGUCACUCGCGACAUGCUCAAGACGUCGGCCUCGCCCGCCAACAACCUGGCCGGCUACUACAGCACCUGCUCCUACGGCAAGACCAUUUUCAACCCCGACAACUUCAUCGUGGUCGGACCGGUGCCCAUGAAGUGCGCAGGCAACAUCCCGGCCAUCCCGCGCCCACCGCGGCCCGCGCCGCCGCCCCGCCCGCCGCCGCGCACCAUCUCCACCAAGCCCGCGCCGCCGCCGCUGUCCCGCCGCAACGCCACGUAUGAGGACUGGUGGGACCUGUCGCGCUUCUGCUCCGCGUCCGAGCAGCAGGCCUGGGAGCGCGCCGCGGAGGCCUUCGCGCAGGCGGAGGUUGCCAAGAACCCCAACGACCCCGAGAUGCAGAAGCUGGCCCGCCUGCUGCAGUGGCGCACCCGGCGCCGCAACCUGUUCAUCCUUCCCUCCAACGUGCGAUGCAGCUGGGCCGGAUACGCCGACGUCACCUGCACCUCCGCCACCUGCAGUGCCUACGUGCGCGGCUACGGCAGCGCAACAACGCCGCACGUUGUCAUACACGAGGUGAUGCACAACUACGGACUGGAGCACGCCGGCCGUGGCUUCGUUGAGUACGGCGACCAGACCGACGUCAUGGGCGACUACAGCAAGGCCAGCUCCGGGCUGCUGUGCCCCAACGCGCCCAACAUGUACCGCAUCGGCUGGGCCAAGCCCCUCAACGAGCCCGGCACGCCGGCCUUUGCCAGCGACGCCGACGGCGCCUCCGGCGCGUUCGGAAACCUCACCGUCGCCAACUUCACCUCCAACUGGAUUCGCGGCCUGGUCAUCCCCGCCCAGGGCACGCGCGAUGACAACAUGAUUGUUGUCAACGUGGGCGCCGGCGGGCCGGAGCUGGAAGCGGAGCGCAUCACAGGCGUCAACAGGUACUACUUCUCCUACCGCGUCCAGAACAGGACAUCCGGCGGGUACGACUCCGGCAUCACCAGUAGCUUCAACCGGAAGGUUCUGGUCCACUCCUACAAUGGCAUUCAGUCGGAGCGCGUGUUUGGCUUCAAGCCCAACCUGAUUGACUGGGGCCCCAACUUCCAGUCCAAGACCAGUACCUGGACGUCGCCGUUCGUGGCCCUUCGAGGCGGCCUGGGCGGCGCUGUCAGGGUGGUGGUGGUGAGCACCUCCGACACCCAGGCGGUGGUCAACAUCUGCCGCAUGACGGAGACCCGCGAGACCACCUGCAACGAUGGGUUUGACAACGACUGCGAUGGCGCCGCGGACAAUGAGGACGGCGACUGCCAGUAGUCCGUGGAGUUGUCAGUUUCGUGUAGGGGAUGAGGGGGUUGACUCAUGUAGAUUAAGUGCGUGGGAUCUUGACCUGAGCAGCGCAUGGUCCGGCGUGUGGUUUGUUGAGGGUGUGCUUUGGCAGGUGCAUUAUGAAUACCGGUAGUCGUGUGCGCGAACCUGGCAGCCCAGAGGCGAAGUGCAUGGCAUUCCCAUUUUGACAAAGUCAAAAGAUGCCCACAUUACGGAUCGGAUGUCGUCAUGCAUGUCCGCUAUGACUACCCUAUACCUCGGGCGGCAGCGGGUGGUGAUGGCUGCCCCCGCCGCUGGUGGCUUGCUGCGUCGGUAGCGGGCAUUGGUAGUCUUCGGAACCGGACCCGGCUUUGCCCCGCAGGUGAGGCUAUCAUCGUGGGCUAUCACAGACGGUGUGGUGUGGUGUGGCAUGGUGGGGUCAUCAGGUCGAUGUCCCAUUUCCAUGCAGGAUUGAUUUGCAAUUGUUGCCUAGCAUGUUUGCCGUACGCAACUGUACAGCAGGGGGCUCGCCAUGGCAGGCUGCCCUUUCCCAUGUCCGCAAUGGCUGCCCGUGAGUAUGGUUGCAGAAUGAUGUGUAAGGUUGCGUCAUAAGGACCAGUGCAAUCCGGUGCACUUAUGGUUUGCAGUGCACAAGCAACACAGCACGAGUACUUUCACCGUUUAACGAAGUCGGUGACGAAUCGUGCACCAUGGUCAUACAGUGUUGCUUGAGUGGAGGAGGAGGGCGUGCGGGGGCGCAGGUUGUGAUUGUCAUGGAUACCGAUUCGGUCGUUUCAGGCACCUAGGGCAGUGCUCGUAUCUUCCAUCUAUGGUGUAGAAAUUUGUUCCAAAUCCGCCGAAGGCGGAGAAAUGUUUUGGGGUUUGGGGCCGCGCAUCUACGGAGUGUAGACGUUUUUGGCGGAUUUGGCGGUAUCUUAGACAGGUAGCGUAGGUGUUUUGGGGGUUUUGGGGCGUGCCCCUAAGGAAAAUGUUCUGGGCGUAGAUGGCGCGGGAGGGGUUAUCUACGCUGUGUAGACGCCGGGGGCCUAAAGCCAUCUACAAGAUACCGGCACUGACCUGGGGCCUGGCACGGGGACUGGAGGCCUGCAGGGGUGCCUGUUGAGUAACAAGUGGUCGGGCCGUCUGGGUGGGGAUCCUGGGGGAGUGCUGCAACCGAGGACAGAGUGAGGCAUGGCCCUACAGUGUACCCAGACGGCCAGGCGCAUGAAAGUUGUAACGCAUUCUCUUC